AUGGCCGAUGACCAUGCCUCGAAAUCAAUCUCGUGUUAUGGAGCAGGUAUCAAUGAUACCCCUAACCUCGAUCGACUCGCGAACGAAGGCAUGAAGUUCAACCACUGCUACGUAACCAACAGCAUCUGCACACCAUCUCGAGCCGCCAUUCUCACAGGAACACACAACCAUGUCAACGGAGUCAUGACCCUCGACUCAAAGAUCAACAAGCACAACCCCAACGUAGCCAAAUCCCUACGAACAGGUGGAUACCAAACAGCCAUGGUGGAUAAAUGGCAUCUGGGCGAGGGCAAAGAACACGAGCCAACAGGAUUUGACUACUGGAGCGUAGUACCAGGACAGGGCGAAUACCACGACCCGGAAUUCAUCGGACCAGAAGGCACGAAGCGCGAACGCGGGUACGCAACCGACAUAAUCACAGACAAGAGUCUGAACUGGAUAAAAGAGCGCGACCCGGAGAAGCCCUUCUUUAUGAUGUGCCACCACAAAGCGCCGCACCGCAGCUGGGAAUGCCACCCUAAACACCGCGACCUAUACAAGGACCCAAUCCGGCUUCCGGAUACAUUCACGGAUGACUACAAGAACCGCGCGCAGGCAGCGAAGGUCGCCAAGAUGCGUGUGGCGGAAGACCUCACAUACUUCGACCUGGGUCUAGUCCAACCAGACGGCGGGCUAGACAUCGGCGAGAAGAUGAUCGACAAAUGGUGGUUUCAAGACCGCAAGAUUCCCGCACCGGAAGACGACGUGACGGGAAUGAAACUUAUUGACAAGGAAGACGGCACAGUCUUCACAUUCAAGACGCCGCAAGAGCUCGCCGAAUUCAAGUUCCAGCGCUACAUGCAGCGCUACCUCCGCACAAUCCAAAGCAUAGACGAUAAUGUAGGCCGCAUGCUCGACUUCCUCGAGGCAGAAGGCCUAGCCGAAAACACCAUCGUCAUCUACACCUCCGACCAGGGCUUCUUCCUCGGCGAGCACGGCUGGUUCGAUAAACGAUUCAUGUACGAGGAGAGUUUCCAGAUGCCCUUCCUUAUCCGAUACCCGCGGGAGAUCACGGCCGGGUCGGUAUGUGACGAUAUAAUCUGCAAUGUGGAUUUCGCGCCUACAUUCCUAGACUUUGCCAGUCUACGGAUGCCGACGUAUAUGCAGGGAGUGAGUUUCCGUUCUCUGUUGAGGCAGCAGACACCUACCAAUUGGCAGCAAGUCGCGUACCAUCGUUAUUGGAUGCAUCGCGAUGUUAUCCACGAGGCGUAUGCUCAUUAUGGUGUGCGUGACCAGCGGUAUAAGUUGAUUUAUUGGUAUAAUGAAGACUUCGGGAUUGAGGGGACUCGUCCUGGGGGUGAGGAGAAGGAGUGGGAGUUGUUUGAUUGUGAUCUGGAUCCGCUUGAGCUCUUCAACUGUUAUCAUGAUGCGCGGUAUGCUGAGGUUGUUACGCGCAUGACCAAGAUGCUCGAGGAUAAGAUGGAGGAAAUUGGUGAUGAGCCUGUUCACCCGCGUUGA